AGGGCUAGAAUACAGGGCUACAUGCAGGGCUAGAAUACAGGGCUAUAUGCAUAAUCGCAGAGAACACACGGAUUCACCACAGCUCAUUCACCACACACAAGGAUCUCAACGUACAUGCAUGAUGAGUGGGAUAUUCAAUAUUUCAUUUCGAAUAGGUAAAAAAAUCGGACUAUGUCAUUUAGACUAUUUGAUAUGAAAAUGUAAGGCUAUUCAAUUCACAUUCUUCAUUAAUUUCUUCCAGAAGAGAGACAUUAGUAAACAUUGCAACAAUUGUCUUGUAAUUUAUCAGGGGACAGACAUCUGAAAUAGGCUACUCAACUUCCAUCUGCUAAUUGUAACUAACAUUUAAAAAAAAACUCGUAAUCCCAGAAUCCUCCAGUUCGGCAUCUCCUUGAUGAUGUCAUUUACAGCAGUUCAGUCUGUCGUAGCCUAGAGGCGCACUCCUGUCUCCCCUCCAUAAAUCCACUCCUCAUAUCAUCUGUCAUUAGUUACCUAUAUCUUCGGAAUCAGUACAUUUUUUGAACAGUUAGGAAACAUCUCCAAAUGGCGUCGCCUCUGAAAGUGUGCAUUGUCGGCUCUGGAAACUGGGGUUCAGCCAUUGCCAGGAUAAUCGGCAGUAAUGCUCAGGCCCUGCAGCGUUUCGCCACCACAGUCAAGAUGUGGGUGUUUGAGGAGAACGUGGACAGCAGGAAUCUCACAGACAUCAUCAACACAGACCAUGAGAAUGUCAAGUACCUGCCUGGAUACAGGCUGCCUGACAACGUGGUGGCUGUACCUCAGCUCCAGGAUGCUGCUGAGGGGGCUGACCUCCUAGUGUUCGUGGUUCCUCACCAGUUCAUCAGGAAGCUGUGUGAUGAGAUGGUGGGCUGUGUCUCCUCCCAGGCCAGGGGAAUCACACUCAUUAAGGUAAGA